AUGGCUGCAGGAGUCGCGAAGGGGGCUCAGGCAGCCUCGCAGGGGAAGAAGAGAGGACGCGAAGACGAGCGUAACGGAGAGCCUUCAAAACUUAAAGAUCCGAGCAAAAAGAAAAAGACUCCUUCCGCGGCUUCUGUCUCUUCUGUCUCUUCCUCUCUUACGGCCUCUUCGUCCUCAGCCACUAAACCUGGUAGACUGCCUCCGUCUCCAUCUGCGUCUUCCUCGGCCUCCGCCGCCUCCCGCGAAAAGACAGCUGCGCACGGGGCAAGAGAUCGGAACCUCGCCCCGAAGAAGAAACAAAAAACCGAUGGAACAGCGCCUGAAGAGACCGAGGAGAAGAUUCCAGGAUGCAGCGUCUCCCCUUCCCUGCUCAAGAAAGCCCUGGCUGGUCUCACGGCGUACGUGAUGAAGAAGGCAGGCGAACGAGGCACGCAAGAUCUGCUCGAAGAGAAAGGCGCUGCGACUGUCUCCCUCAUGCUCGCCCUCAAGAACAUUCCCCAAUCUUUUCGGAAACACCCCGUUCAAAUCGUCCUGCCUCAUCCGCUUUUUGACGUCUCGAAGGGCGAAGGCGAGUGCUGUCUCUUCGUCAAGGAUCCCCAGCGGAAGUGGAAAGACUUGAUCGCGCCCGAGAAGCUUUCAGGUUUGACGCGCGUUCUGGGAAUCGAGAAGCUGAAGAAGAAGUUCCCCACUUUCAAAGACAAACGCAUGCUGUGUGCCAGCCACGACGUCUUCCUCUGCGACCGCAAAAUCGCCGACAAGCUGACUCCUGUCUUGGGAAAAACCUUCAUCCAGGCGAAGAAGCUUCCUUUGCCGGUGAAGUUGUCUUCGACGAACGUGCGCCCGGCGCUGGAGGAGGCGCUCAAGUCGACGUACUUUUUCCUUCCUCGCGGGCCGUGCGUGGCGAUAAAAAUCGGCCGGGCGAACAUGCCGGCUCACCAUCUUCUCGCAAAUGCGAAGAAGGCCCUGGAGGCAGCCUUCGCCUUCUUCGCGAACGACGCCAAGUUCCGAAACACGAUUCACGCGGUGUCUGUACAGGCCACGGACGCUCCGGCGCUGCCGAUCUACUCUGACGCCUCGUACACAGAAGCUGCUCGGCACUACGUCUCUGCGCCGCCGCCUGCCGCGCCUGAGAAAGAAAAAGCGCGGGAACCAGCUGAAGCACGGGCACUCGACAGCCGGGGAAAGAAGGCUCCGAAGGCGGGGGCGUUGAAGCGGAAGGAAGGCGGGAGCUCGAAGCCUGGAUCGGGAAGCGCAGACGGUCGAGAAGGAAAGGAAAGACAAGCAAAGGCCGAGCGGCCCAUCAUGCGGCUCGACGCAGCCUCGAAAAAGAGAAAGGGCGAAGACGCUUUGGGCGCAGCGGCUCUGGCGAAGCCGGCGUUGCAGGCGAAGAAGAAGAUGAAGACCAAGGCGAAGUAG